CGUAAUCCCAAAACCGCACAAAAAGGCCUAAAAGCUCAUAGCCCGAACCCUAAUUUCAGGUUUAGGUCCAUUAGGGUUUAUCGGCCGAAAGCUCAAAACCUUCGAGCUCAAGCCCAUCAACUUCGUCUUCUUCGUCCCAAUUUUGAAUUUCUUUUUUUUUUGGGACUCGAAAUUAACCAAUAUUCAAAUUUGGAGUUGCAGAGGCGGGUUCUUCAUCUUCGGGGCUGCAAUUUAGGGACUUCGCCUGCUUACUGGGAGAUGGAUAUUCCUACUACUCCAACUGAUAAUAAUGGGUUACCCAGUUCAGAAACCCAGACAAACAGGCGCAGGAGAAAGAAGUCUAUUGUUUGGGAGUACUUCACAAUUGAAACUGUUGGGGCUGGAAGUACUAAGGCUUUCUGUAAGCAGUGCAAGAGAUCUUUUGCCUACAUUACUGGUUCAAAGCUUGCAGGCACAAGCCACCUAAAACGACAUAUUGCCUUGGGAAUCUGCCCAGUAAGUCGUCAGAAAAAUCAGAUGACUCCUUUUACACCAGGCUCCAAGACUGCUGCUACUGAUGCACCAAAACGACGAUCCAGAGCAAAUUCUGGAUAUGCGAGAGUCUCUUUUGAUCAGGACCGUUGCAAUCAUGACAUUGCUAAGAUGAUAAUUAUGCAUGGGUAUCCACUUCACAUUGCAGAACAACUAGGAUUCGUCAAUUUUGUCCAAACACUUCAACCACAGUUCAAUUUGGUAAGCUGGAACACUGUUCAAAAUGAAUGCGUGGGUAUUUACCUUAGAGAAAAACAAAACCUUUUGAAUCUUAUCAGUGGAAUUCCAGGAAAGGUCAGCCUUACAGUGGAUUUGUGGACUUCAAAUCAGAACCUGGGCUAUGUAUUCUUAACAGGACACUUCAUUGAUGAUCACUGGAAUUUAUAUCGUCAGAUUCUUAAUGUUGUUAUGGUACCAUCUCCAGAUUCAGGUGACACUUUUAGUCAAGCUAUUUUGACCUGCUUAUCCGAUUGGAAUCUGGAGGGCAGGUUGUUCACCCUCACACUUGACCAAUCCCUCUCUAAUGAAACCAUAAUUGGAAAUCUUAAAGGGCUCCUUUCUGUCAAGAACCCACACAUGCUCAACAGUCAGUUAUUGCUACGAAAUUGCUAUGCUCGCGUUUUGAGUAGUGUUGCAUGUGAUGUACUGGUGGCAAUGCGCGAAACAAUUGCGAAAGUUCGUGAAAGCGUCAAGUUUGUGAAAACUUCAGAAUCCCAUGAAGAAAAGUUUGUUCAGCUGAAGCAACAACUUCAAGUUCCUAGCACAAAGAACCUUUCAGUCGAUGACCUAACUAAAUGGGACACAACUUAUCAUAUGUUGGUGGCAGCUUGUGAAUUGAGGGAAGUAUUUGCUUGCUUGGAUACAUAUGAUCCUGAUUACAACAUAAAUAUAUUGUUGGAGGAAUGGAAGCAGGUAGAGACUCUAUGCACAUACUUAAAGCUUUUGUUUGAUGCAGCCAACGUUGUAACUGCCCCAGUGUACCCUUCAGCCAAUGUAUUCUUUCAGGAAGUAUCAAGAAUUCAAAUGGAACUGAUGCAUGCAGCCAUGAGUGUGGAUCCCUUUGUCAGCUACCUGAUGAGACCUCUGUAUGAAAAGUUUGACAAAUAUUGGGAAAACUGCUGCCUUGUUUUAGCAGUUGCUGUUAUUAUGGAUCCAAGGUACAAAAUGAAAAUUGUAGAGCUCGAGUUCAACAGAAUCUAUGGUGAGAAUGCUGAGACAUGGAUUAGGAUUGUUGAUGAUGGCAUUCAUGAACUGUUCCUUGAUUACAUGAUGCAGAUGCUUACUCUACCUGAAACACCAAUGGAUGAAGGGAAUGACAGCAUCAUCAAAACAGAGGCACCCGAAGAAGCAUCUCAGGAGGGGUCUCUGCUGUCUUCUGUGGAUGGGCUCCAAGAUUUUGAAUUGUACAUAUCUGAUAUCACAGGUGGCCAGCAAAUGAAGUCAGAACUAGAUCAGUAUCUGGAAGAGGCCUUUACGGAUCGAGUGGAAGACUUCGAUGUUCUGGUUUGGUGGAGACUGAACAGAAUGAAGUACCCAACUCUCUCUAGGAUGGCUUCUGAUAUUUUGUCGAUAUCGGUGUCUACCGUUGCCUCUGACUCUGUGUUUGACACUGAAAUAAAAAGAAUGGAUAGUUACCAGACUUCAUUAGGUCCAGCAACUCUUGAGGCCCUUAUCUGCGCCAAAGAUUGGCUUAAAUAUGGAUCAUUCCCACAACCUCCAGCACUUUAAGUUUCUGAUAGUUAUGUUCUCAAAAUGGAAUUUUAGGCAUGGGUUUCAUUUUGUUCUUUUAGGUAGAUCAUUGGUAGUCUCAUUUUGAUGGUUUUUAGAUGUUAACACAAUGCUAGUUAAAUUUUGUUUUUCCUCCAUCAUAGGAUGCUUACAGUUCCAAAAUUUUGUGUUAGUACAGCAAUUGUUUACGUUCUUGGAUUAGUAAAUGAGCUGCAAGAUUAAUUGGCCCAGUGCAACCAUAUUCUUCCAUUGAUUCUGUUAUCUUCCUACAA